UGGAGCUUUACACACUUCAAAAUACUGUCACAGAAAUAAUUUGCAAUGUCUUAUGCGCUUACAAAGAUGAAAAUUAGCAUAAUGUAUUAAUGUUGAUAACAAAAUUAUUUUAUCUGGUACCAAUCAAAGCUCUUCUUUCUUUAGAUACUAGAUGCCACAUUUUCACACUGAAGGGUGUGAACGACAUCAGUAAUUUUAUGUCAAUUCCAAGAAUUUUCAAUCAUCCCCCAAUGGAAAAUAUUUUUCUACGCCAUUGAAUUGAGCAGUACAGUGGGAGACAAUCCUCUUUUUGUUCGAACAAUUUACUUCGUUCUUUAACAACGAUGGGAAUUGAACCGAAUAAAUCACAGUUCAGCGCACACACACAAUGCUUUAUUUAGUUUCAACAAAGUUUUUAGACUCUAAGUUUACGAUCACGGCUAAACUUACAUUCUUUAUUUAAACACAAUAGCAUUAACAUAUAAGUUAUGACUUGGCCGGUGUAAUGUCCAGUAUUAUACAGGCAAUCAUUGAUUCGCAUGCUUUGUACAUACUAUUUGUUAAUUCUAUACUCUAAACAAGGAAGGUUGAUCAAGAAUGAGUGGGAAUGCGUCCAUGACAACCAAGUCAGCAAAAUGUAGAAAUCCAAAGUUAAAAAAAAACCUACUAAUUGGCAACCGAAGCGCCCUCAAUAGGCAUAUAUUAUACAACAGAUAAUAAAAAAAACCCCUCUUAAUUUUAAAUAUUAAUUUUCAGCUGGCGAUAAGAAAAGACAUAAAUUGUAUACAACAAUCAAUUUCGUGUGAUAACAUUGCUCAGUUUCAACCGAGGUACAUUAAAGCACUUUUUUUCAGAAAUGCUUAACCUAGUUUGGAUAGUUCUUGUUAUGGUGCUCGUAAUUACAGAUGCACAUAGCAACGAGUCUAGGCUGGUAGAAGAUCUGCUGGAUAACUACCCUAAUUGGAAAUCUGCUAGGCCAGUUUUAAAUGACUCUGAUGUUGUCGUCGUGACCUUUAGCUUCGUUUUAACAGAAGUCGUUAAUCUGGACGAAAAACUUCAAUCUAUAACCGUCAACGGGUGGAUGACUGAGAGUUGGCAGGAUCAACUUAUGGUAUGGAACGCCUCAGACUACGGUGGGAUAGAUAUAAUUAAAGUUCCCCUGAAUUCAAUCUGGAUUCCAGACAUAACACUCUACAACAAUGUGGACAAGGGCUUCGAACGUACCAGGACCGAUUUGCCAUUAUCCAUCACGUCGAAAGGUGUUGUUUUUAUGACAACACCGGCUAUCUACACCGCAUUUUGCAAGUUGAAUGUGAAGUAUUUUCCAUUCGACAAGCAAGUUUGUUAUUUUUUGUUUGGAUCUUGGACAUACUUUAGCCAUCAGGUCGACAUGAAAAUUACACGGACAGAGGAAGAGAUUAAUUAUGAUUACUUUAUCGAAAAUGGUGUAUGGGACAUAGAAUAUUUAAAAUUUAAGAAUAAAAAAACCGUUUACGCUUGGGAUCCACAUCCAUAUACUAAUGUUUAUAUGACAAUUGGUUUGAGACGUCGCUCAAAAUUCUAUGUCAGAAAUAUUCUAGUGCCUUGUAUUUUGCUUUCAUUUCUUGCCGUCUUCGUAUUCAUCUUACCUCCAGAAUGCGGAGAAAAAAUAUCGUUUUCCAUCACCAAUUUGCUAGCAAUUGUACUGUUCCAACAACUUAUCAGCGAGACAUUGCCGCCCUCUGACGAUUCCCCUAUUAUUGCAAAUUUCAUUAAAUUGAUUGUCGCUCUUGGAUGCAUCUCAGUUAUGGCAACAUCGAUUAUUCUAAAGUUUCACUUCGGACGGCACGGAAAGCCUGUGAAUAAAUUCAUUUACAGGAUAUUCGUCAGAGGUCUAGGCUCGGUUCUUCGUGUGUAUGAACCGGAUUCUGAAAGGCAACGCAUGCAUUCUAAACAAGUUGAACUGGUGUAUUACCGUCCGAAGAUGAUUGCAGUUAUUAGCGACAACGAAGAAUCAAUGUCACCACAUCAAGGGUCAACCGAAACGAAAGAGAUGGCAGACAUCAGAAAGUCUAACCAGCAGUCCAAUGAACAGAAAAAGGAGGAAGAACUAACAAAAACAUGGAUGGACUUGGCGCAUGUCUUUGACAGAUUAAUGCUGAUAAUAUGUUUGCUGAUUUUCGUAAUCACAUCCGUCGUGAUUGCUGUAAUGAUGCUGGAAAAUAAACCUUAAUAUAAUGCUAACAAUUAAUGAACAUAAUUGAAAAUUAAAUAAGGGUAAACUUAUCUGAUAUAUGAUUAUGAUUAUAUGAGCUUUCCUGGAAACGAGAUUCAGUAGCGCUCCAUCGCUCUCUGGGAUACCACCUCUAGGUUUAACAAACGAAGCAAUUCAAAACAAAAGGGCAUGCCACUCCCUCGCAUGUGCUACCCUUCUGUGUGGGAUUUGAAUCUCACCUCCAGGAAAGCUCGUAAUCAUACUAAUACAUCAGGUAAGUUUACCCUCGUAUAAUUUUCAACUAUAUUUCGCUUUCAUUACGGCUUAGAUUCAAUGUCGACUUUAAAGCGUAAGAACUGUUCCCAGCCAUGAAGCGCCAUUAAAUCGAAGCCGUAAGGAAAGCGAGCUAAUAUAAUAACAAAUGCGAGUGCUUUGCUUACGACGAGGCGUAAGAAUAAUUUAGACUAUGCUUACGCCGAUGUAUUAAACAUGCGCAUAUUAAGCUUGGUUUCCAUACAAUAGCUACACAGUCGCUACAGCGUUUUCACUGCAAUCCUUGCACUGCGUAGCUGUUUCCGACGCAUUCGGGAACGCCCCCUGAUACAACUGACCAAUCAGCGUUGCCAGGGGAGUCGGCGAUAGCGUGUAGUGAUUUUUAUGGAAACCAGGCUUUAAGCGUUCCCGAUUGCGUCGGGAACAGCCAGCUACGAAGUGCAAGAAUUGCAGUGAAAAUGGUGUAGCGACUGUGUAGCGAUUUUUUUGCAAUCAGGCUUUAGUGUAGCUAAAUAAUACUACAACUGUCCAUUAAGCAAAUGACGCACUAGCCACAAUUCUUCACAAAGUUCACUGCCACCUUGAAACACCAAGGUUAUACGUUUUAUUUGUAUAUAAGUAGAAAUUAAUAAAUUAAAUUCUGGAUAAGUACAGCAAAGUAUACUUAAUUUAUUUUAAGUACAACUCGAGUCUUAAUAUACAGCAUUGCAUAAUUUUAACUUCAAUUUAUAGUUUAAGCACAUUCAAACCCUUUAACCAUCAAUUAUAUUAUACAGAUUCUUGAAAAUUUAAAUUCGACGUUUACCCCCAAAUUU